AUGCGCGGCGCCGGUGAUUGCGAGCUGGAGCUCCGGGGCGUAAUGGGGGAGGAGGAGGGGGUUGCGUCGGCGUCGGCGUCGGCGUCGGAGAGGGCAAUGCGGCGGCGGAGGGGGCGGCGUCGGUGGGGAAGAGCCGAGGCGGGCGACAGCUACUCGACGAGCAGCGGCAGCGGCUCCUUCGGCUGCGACUCGCCUUUGGCCGGAUUCGUGCGCGCGGAUGGCGACAUGGACACAGAUCUGGAGACAGACGGGCUGGCCGCCACUUCAUCCUCCAGUGCCUCUGCAGCGUUCACGGAGCCGCACGACGACGAGGAGGAGGCGCAGUGUGGGGUGAAGGGAGAGUGGCAAGAACCGGCCAAGAGUCCGGCGGGCGGCGCCACUGCCAUCCGAGGUACGAGAUUUCGAAGUUUGCGACGUACUAGGUGGUGUGAGGUUUCCCAAUCUUGUAUGCUUGUGUGCUGUUCGACAGAAUGCCAGAGCCAGCGACGGUGCCGGACAGAGGCUGCUUACCUGCACGGUAGGAAGGGGCUGAAGCAGCGGCCAGCCUCGCUCGACUUCGGCAGCGCCGGGUUCAACAGCGGGACUCCGUUUUCUCCGGGCUUUGUGGUUGGAGGUGCCGGGUUUGUAAGCAAGGGACUUGUGUCAUCCCAGAUAAGCUCCGGCGUGUUCCCUAGCCCCGGCACGCCGAGCUACCCGCGGCGGCACCGGCCGUCGGCCUUGGGGUACCAAAAGGGGUGGAGCUCGGAGAGAGUGCCCCUUCCUUCCAAAGGUAAUACUACUAGGAGGUACCCAGGCAGCAGCAUGGCAUUCCCUCUCAAUAACAGGAGGACAUUGCCCUCAAAAUGGGAGGAUGCGGAGAGGUGGAUCUUCAGUCCCAAGUCAAACUCCGGCGAUGCACGUGAGAAGACCGCCACAUUGCCCCAUGCUCGGCGGCCAAAGGCCAAAAGCGGUCCUCUUGGGCCUCCUGGAAGACUUGGUGGACAGUAUUCAUCUGUAUCUUCAUCCGUGUCUUUGUUUGACAGUGGGAGAGUUGGGCAUUUAGCAGCAAACUCACCUUUCUUGGCUGGAGUACUGAUACCUGAACAUUAUGGUGGGGCGAAAAGUAAUGUUGGGAGGUAUACGAGUGGAACAGCUGGUACCGAAUUCGGUAUUGGCAUAGUUGGCAGGUCUUCUCUAGCAGAUAUCGGGUCUCCUGCUACCCAAUCUACCACGGUGCGCCGACGACUAGAUACUGCAGUCGAGUCAUCUGCGUCAUUGCCUAGCACCCAAGAAUCUGUACAAGAUGAAGAGGCUGAGUUCGUAGAAGAUUCAGCCCCCAUUAUCACCCCUAUAACUUCAAGGAAGGAUACCGCGACUCAAACUAGUCCAGAUCUAAGUAGGUCUUCUUCGCCCAGUGCCAGGCCUUCAUUUGUUCGCUCAUUCUCAAUGCAACAAGCCAAAGAGAGGGAGAGCUGUUUCUCUGAUCUUGAGAUCAGGGAUGUGCAGAUGGAUGAGCGAGUGAGUCUUACCAGAUGGUCCAAGAAACAUGUAACACAAGGCUCUAACAAGAAUUCUACAAAUAUGUUAGAGUGGAAUAAAAAGACGGUGGACUCUAAAUCUUCUUCCUGGGAAUCAUCUGAAACGAAAUGCACAUUAAAGGUUGAGAGAGAAGAAGCAAAACUUACUGCUUGGGAGAAUCUUCAAAAAGCGAAAGCUGAGGCUGCAAUUCAGAAGCUAGUGAUGAAACUCGAGAAGAAACGAUCAUUUUCUCUGGACAGAAUUUUGAACACCCUCAGGUCUGCUCAAAGAAAAGCACAAGGGAUGCGUGAUGCAGCGACAGCAAGCCAAGAUGAACAUCUUUGCAGGAAGGCCAAAAAGACAUCACAUGUUACAAAGAAUGGCCAGAUCAGAUCUCUGAGUGGCUGUUUCACCUGCCAUGCUUUCUAG